CUAUAUUCAUGGCGGUAGGAAUAAGUGUGUAUACAAAUAAUACCGAUGGACUUGUAUACAGUUGGUCUUACAUUUUCGGAUGGUGUUCAUUUGUAAUUUCUAUUGUGUCUGCAAUUAUUUGUUUUGUGAUGAAAGUGGAAACAGAGUAUUUACAAAUCUAGUUUGGAUUCUUUUUUUUAUUGUAAAAAUUAGGCUUUUUCAAAUCAUUUUUUUAUUCUUUAAAUAUUUUUGAAAUUCUUUGUUUAAGUAUGUUUUGACUACAUUUUUGUUGGUUGAAAUAGAUUUAAUCUUGUUUGCACAAAAUUUUUUGCAUCAUUUUAAUUGCGGUUUUUGUUUUCAAAUAAACUAUUAAAUAAUGAUAUUUAUUAAAAAUAUAAUAUAAAAAAUAAAAUAUUUGUUUUUGAAAUUAGCCUCAUUUCUAAUUGGAGUCUGAUUUAUUCUAAAUUGUUGGUAAAUAGUUGCUCUAAAAACUUUAAUGAAAAACAUUUUUUAAUUGCUUGUAACAAUAUUUUACUAUAUUUCGAAUUAUUUCACUUGUAA